CACACAGACAGAUCCCCUUCACCCUUAUCCCCCUCACAGCUUGGGAACCAAACUAACUGAUCCCACAGCCCGGGCUCGGGCGCAAAGCUAAAACCGGGGCUCCGGGACCGGAGAGCUCGGAGCAUCCAGCCGUGCGACAACACCGCCGGCGUUAGCUGCGGUCGGCACGGGGCCUGCGUAUAGCAGGAGGUUCGCGGCAGCGCCACCAGUGGCCGGAGGCGGGAGGGUCAGAGGAGAGGUAAAUCACAAACACGACAGAGUGCAGAUGCUGGGUUCAGCAAACCACACAAACAAAAUGCUGGCGGAACUCAGCAGGCCGGGCAGAAUCUAUCGAAAUGAGUAAACAGUCAAAGUUUCCAGUUGAACCCUCCUUCACGACUGAGAAGCAAGGGGGUAAAUAUCUGAAAAAAAACGGGGCAGGUGAGGUAACAUUGUUCGGGUGUUGAGUUUACCAGGAGACAAAGACUGCAGGGACGAGAGGUUUUAAGUUGAUAAUACACUGUGUGUGGACCCCGCUGGCAAUACUGGUGUUGUGACACGAAUCUAGACAAACAACACUCUGCUUACUUCAGCAACAACACGGCACAGCCGGACACAUAACAGGGGACUUUACAUCACACAACACUGGAUUCAGUGAUGAAACCCGUGAUUAAUGUUGUUGUCCCACCGAAAUCAUAAGAAACGUCCAUUGAGGUGUUUUUAAAUACGAGUGUUCUCCCACAGGUGGCGUCACAUAUGGGCUCCCCACACCAGUAUCUGCCCUCACGUGCGCGGUAUCGUACGUCAUGUGCUCGAGCUUAAUCGCUUUAAAGGCUGAGCUACUAAUCACGUGACCACACCCUUCCCCACCGCCUACAACAGAGGAUUCAGGAGCUGCGCUAUUCGCAUUGGUGCGAAACGAUGUUAAUCACUGGUUACACCCAAUAGCGGAGGCGGACCAGCCGAGAGGGUGUUACCCCCGCUGAAUCUGUCACCGCGGCCGCCUGCUCUCCCCGUCAAUGCGGAAGAAAUCUCAAAGUAAAUAUCCGAUUUAUUUCCAUUUCCCUCCGCGGGAAGUCGGGGGCAUUUGUGAAGCAUCUCCCGCGGCCGGAGUCUGUUGUAUCGCUGAGAGGUAGGAGGAGACAACUCGGCCCGUUGGUUUGAUGCCGGUUCCCUGCAGUGGGAGUGGGGAUUUUAUUGAAAGGAUAAAGAUAGUGUGAGAGGGGGCGGACAGGAUGUUUGUCCCCGUGGGGACAGGAGGGGCUCAUUUCUGGAAAUGUCUGAGCCCACGGUGGUGGGGAGGAGAGGAAUUCACCACAUUAGGGUGCCAACACCGGCAGACUGUUGACCUGCAAGCGGGGCCAACGGUCCGGGCAAAGUGACAAUUGUUUGGGCUUUGUUGAGACUGUACUUGGAAUAUGGUGUAAAAUCCCGCUCCCCGUACUAACACAGGUUAUAUAGAACAAACUGCCGGAGGAACUCAGUGGGUCGGGCAGCAUCUGUGGAGGGAAAUGGACCGUCAACAUUUCGGGCUGGGGCCCUCACUCUGGACUGAGAGUGGACGGGAAAUAGUCAGAGAAAAGAGGUGAGGUGUGGGGAUGGGGCAAGAACUGGGGAGUGAGAGAUCGAUCCAGGUGAGGUGGGAAGGGGGAAGACUGGGAGCUGAACACAUUGAAAUACACAGCAUCAUUACCGGUUGAACCAGGGAUCCCAGUCUCUGAAAAAGUGGAUGGACUGUCCGGAACUGAGAUGAGGGGAAAUGUCUGCACUCCGAGGGUGGUCAAUGUCUGUAAAUUCCCACCACAGAGGGCAGUGAAGACUCGGUGAUCGUUCUCACAUAGAACAAAGGCUGGCAGAUGUGUGGAGAUUGAAGAGGUUGAGGAAAUAAGGAUCGGGAACAUGUGGCUGAGAUGGGAGAGCAGUCGCCAUCUUGCUGAAGUUCUCUGCAGUUCCUUGCAGUCAUGGGCAGAGCAGUAGCCACACAAAGGCGAGAAGUAUCGACAAGAAGCUCAGAGACUUCAGCCUUCACACUGCCUUGUGUAGCUGGAUCCUGGACAUCCUGUCAGAUCGCCGGCAGGUGUUAGACCUGCGGUGAGAGAUUUAUUAGAAGAAAACCCCCAAAAGGAAGCAAACCACAACUGAAGAUGACGGAACACGAAUAAGUGAACCAGCCCGAGGAUUGAGAGCAUCAGCUGGAGAGAACCCAUCUGACUCGGAGAUUCCAGUGAUUCAGUCAGGAGAAUGUUUGGGUAAAAACGACAAGGAAGUUGACUCUGGGAAUCUCGAACACAACAUGCCAGUUUUGCUGUCUCUAUCCUGAUAUUUGAGAAGAGGAGCAAGGGAUUCACUCGAUCAUCCUUCCUGCUCAGACUCUGGGGAGGGAUUCAAUCGCUCACCUGACCCACUGGCACGCCGUUUAUUUUACAGAGGGGAAAGGCCAUUCACCUGCUCAAACAGUUGGAAUGGAUUUACUCGGUCAUCUCAACUGAAAGUACAUCAGCAAGUUUGCACUGGGACAAGGCCAUUGACCUAUUCUGUGUGUGAGAAGGGAUUCAGCCGGUCUUCCCACCUGUGAACACACCAGUCAGUUCACACUGGGCAGAGGCUGGUCAUCUGCUAAAUUUGUGGGGAAGGAUUCACUUGAUCAUCUGACAUAAUGGCUCACCAGCGAGUUCACACCGGGGAGCGGCCGUUCACCUGCUCGGACUGUGGGAAGGGAUUUACUUGCUCAUCUAAACUGAAGGUACAUCAGCGAGUUCACACUGGGGAGAGGCCGUUCACCUGCUCAGACUGUGGGAAGGGAUUCACUCAGUUAGGUAACCUACAAGCACACCGGUCAGUUCACACUGGAAAAAGGCCGUUCAGCUGCUCAGUUUCUAGGAAGGGAUUCACUCAAUCAUCUGAGCUGAAGGUACAUCAGCGAGUUCACACUGGGGAGAGGCCGUUCAUCUGCUCAGACUGCGGGAAGGGAUUCACACAGUCAUCCCACCUAUUAGCGCACCAGUCAGUUCACACUGGGGAGUGGCUGUUCACCUGCUCAGACUGUGGGAAGGGAUUCACUUGCUCAUCUCAUCUGAAGGUACAUCAGCGAGUUCACACUGGGGAGAGACCGUUCGCCUGCUCACACUGUGGGAAGGGAUUCACUUUGUCAUCUCAGUUACUGAGACACCAGUCAGUUCACACUGGUGAGAGGCCAUUCACCUGCUCAAUCUGUGGGAAAGGAUUCACUCAAUCAUCUGAUCUACAGAUACACCAGCGGGUUCACACUGGGGAGAGGCCGUUCAUCUGCUCGGUCUGUGGGAAGGGAUUCACUUGCUCAUCUCAUCUGAAGGUACAUCAGCGGAUUCACACUGGAGAGAGGCCGUUCACCUGCUCAGACUGUGGGAAGGGAUUCACUCAGUCAUCUUACCUAAUGUCUCACAAACGAGUUCACACUGGGGCGAGGCCAGUCACCUGCUCAGACUGUGGGAAGGGAUUCACUUGCUCAUCUGAACUGAAGGUACAUAAGCAAGUUCACACCGCGGAGAGGACAUUCACCUGCUCAGUGUGUGGGAAGGGAUUCACUCAGUCAUCCCAACUGAAGGUACAUCAGCGAGUUCACACUGGGGAGAGGCCAUUCACCUGCUCAGACUGUGGGAACGGAUUCACACAGUUAGGUAACCUACAAGCACACCAGUCAGUUCACACUGGGGUGAGGCCAUUCACCUGCUCAGACUGUGGGAAGGGAUUCACUCAUUCAUCCACCCUACUGAGACACCAGUCAGUUCACACUGGGGAGAGGCCAUUCACCUGCUCAGUCUGUGAGAAGGGAUUCACUCAGUCAUCCACCCUACUGAGACACCAGUCAGUUCACACUGGGGAGAGGCCAUUCACCUGCUCAGUUUGUGGGAAAGGAUAUACUCGAUCAUCUAAACUGAAGGUACAUCAGCGAGUUCACACUGGGGAGCGGCCAUUCACCUGCUCAGACUGUGGGAAGGGAUUCACUCAUUCAUCCCAUCUACAAGCACACCGGUCUGUUCACAUGGGGAUUGGCUGUUUACCUGCUCAAACUGUAUGAAGGGAUUCACUUGCUCAUCUAAACUGAAGGUACAUCAACGAGGUCACACUGGGUGAGACCGUUCACUUGCUGGGUGUGUGAGAAGCGAUUCAGUCGGUCAUCCAACUUACAGAGACGGCAGCGACUUCACAUGGGGAAGAGGCCAUUCAGCUGCUCAUACUGUGGGAAGCGAUUAACUCAGUCACGAAACCUUUUGUAACUCUCGCUAAGGCUAGCAGCUUAAUAAUGGGGGUGGUUUCCCUUCCCCCACCCCCAGCCUAGCCAAACUUAAAAAAAUCUCAACUAAUCUUGUGUAACUCUCACUUCGGCUAGCAGCUUAAUGUAGGGGGUGAUAGCCCCACAGGCCAGCCAAACUUAAGAGAUCUCAUUUGGGUGGAUGCUGCGUGAUAUGUCCCCUGUUACAAAUCAGUACCCCGAAACAACAAACAGUACACAAUAUGUGAUUAAACGGUUGAGCUUUUAAAUCUUACUUUGACCAUAGGGUUAGUAAAGGAAACAAAAAAAAAGAAAAAGGGCCCACUAUCUGUAUUCGCUUCUUCUCAUCUCCCUGGCAAAAGUUCACAUUACCUCAGCAGUGAAACGUUAGAGAGAGACCAUUACAUUAGCAGUGAAACUUUACAGUAUGUUACACUUAUGGCACACUACAGUGUUCACACUGGGGAGAAAGUGUCAAAAAGCUGCAUGGUGGAUAUUUGUCCAUCACCGUUGCUGAAUGUAAUUUUGAGAGUGACGGUCAGUGCUGAACUCAACAAUUAUUGCUGUUGCUCACCAUACCUAGUUCUGCACCCUGGUCACUGGGCAUGGGAGGAGUUUCUUCUGUUGCAUAUUCACCUUUAAUGGGACUGGAGUUUAAUAUUCUGGAUCUGAGACAAUUAAAUCAGUUUAUUUUAAACUCUCUCUGAUACUUGGUGAAUUUAUAACACACCUAUUGUAUAGUAGACAGUCAACUCAGGCUGGCUGGACCCUGCCAGUGAUUCUGUUCCACGACAGUCCUUUUAAAUCCUCCCCUGUUGUUCAACUCUCACUCUCCCUGUGGUGAUGGGUUCCAAACAGUCACCACUCUGUGGGUGAAGAGGUUUCCCUUGAAUUUUCUGCAGACUGAAGAUGUUGAGCUGACUGCAGUUCUGUCUGAGAUGUUCUUCACCCCUCUAAUCUCUGGGCUGAGGAAGAAUGACAUUGGUAGUUAACCUCGUUAUUCACAGCUCAUUUCCACAUUUUGGGUCAUUUCUCCUGUUGCUGAAGGGUUGUUAGAAAACACCACUGUCCUCUAAACACAGAAAGCAGAAUGGGAAACCAUUAGUUGGAUGUUCAAUGGAGCAGAGUUAGAAACCAGAGGCGGGUCUGCACAGGGCAGAGAUUGGGGCUCUGGACAAUGGUCAGGGUAAGAACGUAUGAUGAGGAGAAGGGAAUCAGCAGAGAGGCGUGGCAACAAAUGACAGAGUAGCAACAUUUGGAAACUGAUUGACAGAGAAAAUAAUUCAGUUUGACAGAUGACACAAACAAAGCCCGUUGUGAGUUGCCCCAUUAGUCGAUACAUGUGUGUGUUGAGAAUGGUAUUAUCUAUUGAGGGAUUUGUUCCUGCUUGUUAAUCCUGUAAUAUUAUAUCCGGAUGGUUAUUAUGGAUUGUCCUAUCUGAAAUAAUGUCUUGAUCAUCAUAUAAUUUGUAAGAUUUUGACUCUGAAAGUGGAUACGGCUUGAAUUCAUGGUGCCUUUAUGAAGUGAUGGAGGGCAUUUAUGAGUUUGUAAUUUUAAGCAAGAUUUUGGUGAAUGAAAUUUGCCACUUGAUUGUACCUUUGUAAGUAAUCAGAUUGAGUUCAACUGCAGCAGGAUCAUGGAAUGUGUUGGAUUGUGUCUGGUUUCU